AUGGACCUAGUACAGGAUUUGUAUGUGACCCCAGAAGCCCCCUGGCUACAGCAGUCAAAGGGAGGCAAGGGGGAUUGCCGUGAUCUCGUCUUCAUGGACUGGCUGUGUGUAGACUUCCGUGAGAGACUUCUGGAUGCACUCGCCAAAUCUCGUUCUAGUACUUUCAUUAAAGCGAAGCAUCUAGCAAAAGAAAACAUACUCGACAUUCUCCACUGUAUCAGCUCCCUAUCUGUCUCGGAGAGUGAGAAAGGGACAGAGACAGCAGAAGAUUGUUCAGAUCCACCCGGAAGCAGUCUCGACACCAUCCCAGCUGAUAGUCCACCCGAAUACUUGGGGAUCCAUCGGGAUUCACCGCCGGCGGAAUCCUUUCAACACCUUGACGACAUCCACCUCGGGUCUCUUGGCCUGUCGCUCUCCACAACACCCAGAGAAUCUGGCGUGGCAGGUGAGUGGCCAAACCUGUUACCUAGAGACUUAAUACCCGGUGACCUGGCGGUGGAGAGCAGCGACUUUGAUCAAUGUGACAGAAUGGACAUUGCAGGGAGCGAUGAGAUGCAGUGGUGGUCCUCGCAGGGGGGCCUUGAUGAUACCCCUCCCCGAAUGAGUCCAAAGACACCGAGCAAUGUGCCUUUCUGGCUGGGAGGUCAGAGUCAAGAUCUAACUCAAGUGCCCACUCCUGCGGUUUUAGACUUCAUGGAUUUGGAUCUACUGGCGGAACCGGGAGAAAUGGGUUUCCUAACGCAAUCUUAUAAUGGUCCCACCAUCCAAUCCAACCUGAAAGGGAGUGCAACGCUACCCGUAUCUGCGACACAGAUGGGGAAUAAUGGUAUACAACUAGAAAAGGCCCGAGAGGGCCGUGUCGCCCAACAGAUCCGGUCACCGGCGCCAGAUCAAGGCCUUGGAAGUAUCCUAAAUCCGCAACGACGGAGUACACACUCUCCAGCGCUAAAUAGAACUGGUGGACGUAUUAUAAGUCCGCAACGAAAGGGGACACUCUCCCCAGCUCCCAGUUCUCCGGCCAUAUCCACACAGCAGCCUACUCCCUCGGCAUCCCGAUCCCAAAUCUCAGCUGCCUGGGAUUCCCGCGUAAGCCGUGCGGUUUCCCACGGUCUUCUGGCUUGGGCCCCUGCUAGCGUUGGUGGCACACAGGUCGUCCAAGCGCAGUCCACGCAUGAAAUGCCUAGGAAUGAGUCUGAGGGUGGCGAGGAGACUCUACUGGGGGCACCGCCCUGCAAUGAUGUACAGGAAGGGGGUACCCAGAUUAUAGGUCCCUACGCAACUGAGAUCUCAUCGGUGGUGCUGUUGGAUUGCACUCCGGUUCAUUUGCCGUCGGCUAAUCAGGUGUUUGCGGCGUUUAGCCACCAGCUCCCUGAGAACAAGCGGUCUGUCGCGCAGCUCUUGACGUGUCUCUUUUACGCGAUUGGGAGUCCGGACGCUUUGAGCCAAUUACGUCAUGCACUCCAAUUCGCACGGAAGAACUCCAUGAUUCCGGUGGUGCAAUCCGGCCUUCAGAACGACCUUGCAACCACUGUGCAAGCCCUUGACCGACUUGACUCCAUCACUGCCCUCUCACACAUCCUCCGGCGAUAUUACCUUGUACGUCUCUCAGCCCAUCGUACCCGACUGGAACAAGAUCAUAUUGCCACCAAACUUGCCGGGCGAGGAUCCAAGCCCAUGCUGAAAUAUGACUGCGCUCGCCUGCAGCUGAUCCGCGACAGCGGAAAUGAUGGAGGUCGAUCAGCCGAUACGAGUGAUCGACAUGUACGCAAGGAUCGACCCAAGAACCGGUCCAAGACGCAGGCUCUAACGGAUCUAAUGCAAAUGCUAUACCCGGGUCUCACUCCGCUUCCCGUAGGGGAGAGUCGUCAGACCAACGACUGCAUGUAUGCUAGAAAGUUAACCCAACUGCGUAACCGCUUAUCAUGCGCGCGCAACUGGUAUACCUUUGAACAUACCUUUCCCGGAGCAAUUCUGGCCCUGAUACCUUGCGCUGGGCAAUACUCCAUCAGUAUAGAUCAGGUGGAGAAGUUACCAAGUGAUACCAUCCGGAUCUUCUUGACAUACCUACAAGAACAUCGGGGUACGUACUUGCGGAGCUUGAGCCAGGCUCUACCCAAAGGGGUAUUUGACGUGCUAGGCGGAUUAGAUCUCUCGCAAAACUUUGGGUUUGAGACGGUCGACAUAGCCUCCCUCAGCGAAUACGUAUACGACACAGAACAUUUGCUUCAACUAUGCAAGGCGGUGGUAUAA